AUGUUCAAAAAACAAUAAUUGUUAAAUUCAACUUUUAAAUCAAACACUAAUGAAAUAGACUAUGACUCUUCUAAAUCAUAAAAACAAUCAAAUGAAAAUUAAUUUGACAUUUCUUAAAGUACAUAAAUUUAUAUUUAAUAUAGAAUUAUUGUAUGCAUUAGAAAAACCAACUAUCAAUACAAAAAAUACUAAUAGCUGUAGAAAUAGUACAGGAAGAUUGUCAGUUUUUGAUUUUUUGAAUUUAAGUAUAACAAAAGCCAAUAAAAAGAAAACUUUCUCUAUAAAAUUAAAUUAUUUAAAAAAUGAUAAAACCAAUUUUGGAAUGAUAAAAUAGUCUACAAAUCUUUAUGGAUUCUCUAAAGUGUCAUCGAAAGUGAGAUCAAUUAAUAUAUAUAUAUAAAUAUAUAAAUAAAGAAUUCUCAAUUUAAAUAAAAAUAACAAUUUAAUUUUAAAAACAAUUCUCUAUAAAAUUUAUAAUUUUGCAUAAUUAAAAUAUGGAAAAUAUUAGUAGAAAAUAAAGUUAUUUAUUAUUAUUCUUGA